AUGGGCAAGAAGCGCCCUCGCUCCCUCACCGGCCCCGAGAUCGUCAGCACGCACCUCUGCGAUGCGCACUUCAACGGCCGCCUCCUCCCGCAGUCCGGCUCGGCCGCCUCGAGCGGCGGAGCCGGCCACGGGCCGCUCCGCUUCGACUCGGCAAAGCAGUACUUUGCAUACAUGCAGCGCAUCAUGCUCGAGGAGGCGCGCGCCGAGGUGGCCGAGGCCCUGACGGCGGCGGAAAAGCGCCGCCAGCCGCCGCGGCUGCUCCGCCUGCAGCAGUCGCAACGGCCGGGAGGCCGCAGGCUUGCGUCGCUGGAAUUUUGCGCCGAGGCGGCGCCUGCGAGCGGCGGCAAGGACCAGCUGCGGCCGGGCGCCGCCUUUCUGCUGCAGCCGCGCGUCGGCGGCAGGUACGGCUCGGCCUCGUGCAGCGGCCUGCUGGCUUUCGUGGAUGGCCGCGCCUCCACGCCGAAGCAGCCCGUGUUUGAGGUGCUCUCUGCGGCGCUCGAGGCGUGCGGGGCGGGCGAGGCGCCGGUGUGGGAGGCGCGCUACCUCGCGACGGUGCUCGUCGCUCAGCGGUGCGUCGACGUGUGCCAGAGGCGGCCGGCCGUGCCGGGCAUCCUUCCUCGGCUGCUCGGGCAGAGGGCGAGCACGCACAUCCGGUUCGACUCCUCGGACGGCGAGGAGGAGGCGGAGGAGGAGGAGGCGCGGAGGACGGCGAGGCGGAGGAGCUCUCCAGGCCGCGGCGCCGCCGGCUCGGAUGGCGAGGGCGGCGGGUCGGGAGACGAGGGCUGCGAGGGCGAGGAGAGCGACGCCUCUUCGGCUGACGCGCCGGAGAGCUCCUCCGGGGAGGAGGAGGAGGCGGCAGCAGAGGAGGAGGCGGCAGCAGAGGAGGCGGCAGCAGGCCCGCCACCGCCACGAGCCGCCUCUCCGCCCGCCACGGCUCUGCUCGACGCGUCGGAGGCAAGUGCCGGACCUGUCCCAGACAUGCCUCCGCUCAACGCGUCGCAGAUGGCGGCGCUGAGCGAGGCGCGGCUCGCGCCGCGCGCCUGCGCCGAGUGGGCCGGAGGGGGGUCGCGCGUGUUGGUCUGCGCCCCGUCCAACAAGGCCGUGCUCGAGCUGCUCCUCCGCUUCUGCGAGCAGGCUGGCCCGCGGCGGGCGGCGGCCGAGGUUGCUCUUGUCGGAGACGGCGACAAGCUGACUGGCUCAGAGGCGGGGCGCGCGGCCUUCGUGCACGAGGCGCUCGACGUCGCCGCCGAGGAGCUCGAGGCUUGCGAGGCUGCGGUGGCGGCGCUGUGCGGCGGUGGCGGCGACGCGAGGAGGGGCGGGCUCGAGGAGGAGGAGGACGAGGGCGAGGGGGAGGGGGCCGGGCAUGCGUGGUGCUCGCCGAGCGACACGCGCUGCCUCGUCCGGAUCGGGCACACGGCGGGCUGCCAGCGAGCUGCACGCCGGUGGGCGGGCGCGCUUCGGCUCGUGCAGCAGCGGACGGCGGCUGUGGCGGCGGCCCUGCGCGCGCGGCUGCCCAUCACGUACCACUCUGGCCUGCAGCAGCCGAUCGGCGCGCUCCUCGCCAAGGCGCUCGCCCUGCUCCAGCGCUCGCUCGAGCCGCUCGAGCCGCUCGACUGCGGAGGCAAGCGCGGGUGCGGCGAGGGCGGGUGCGGCGAGGGCGGUGCUCCGGCGUGGCCUUGCACGCGGCGCAGCCUCGACCUCGGCCCCGCGAGGGAGGCUCUGCGCGCGGCGGCGGCGGCGGUGCGCGAGGCGGGCGCCGAGGGCGGCGUGGCGCAGGAGCUGCUGCUCUCGGCCCGCUUCGUGUUUUGCACGUGCUGCGUCGCGGGCAGCCGCCUCGUCCGCGCGCUCGGGCAGGUCGCGUGGCUGGUGGUUGACGAGGCGGCGCAGGCGUCCGAGCCGGAGGCUCUCAUCCCGUUCGGACUGCUGCCGGAGCGGGCCGUCGUGUGCGGCGACCCUCGCCAGCUCUCUCCGCUCGCGCGCACGCCGCCGCUCGCCCGGACGAUGAUGGACCGGCUGAUGAUCGGGCUCGGCCAGCCGCACGCGCUGCUCGACACGCAGUACCGGAUGCACCCCGCCAUCUCGGCCUUCCCCGCCGCCCACUUUUACGGCGGCCGCUUGAAAGACGACCCCUCCACCUUCUCGCGAAGCGAGGCGCCGCUGCGGCUCGGAUCUCUCGCUUCGCUCGGCCCGCUCGCGCUCCUGCACGUGCGCGGCGCGAGGGAGGAGGCGGUGAGAGACGGCUCGGUGCGCAACAUGGCCGAGGCUGCGGCGAUCUGCGAUCUGCUGCUCGAGCUGCGCGGGCGAGGCGUCGACGUGCUCACCUUCUAUGCGGCGCAGGUUGCGGCCAUUCGCGCCGCCGCCGACGCGCGCGGCCUGCGGGGCGUCUUCAUCGCGACCGUCGAUGGCGCGCAGGGCUCCGAGGCCGACGUCGUGCUCCUCUCGUGCGUGCGGUGCCGCGGUGUGGUCGGCUUCCUCGCCGACGAGCGGCGGCUCAACGUCGGCCUCACGCGCGCGCGACACCAGCUGCUCAUCCUCGCCGACGUCGAGACGCUCGCGUCGGGGAGCAAAGGGCGCACCGCCCUCGCGGCUCUGGUCCGGCACGCGGCCUCGGCGCGCUGCCUCCACGAGUGGAGCGCGGGCUCCUCGCCGCCGCGCCUCAGCGACGAGGCUUGCGCGCGGCUGGUGGAGCGGACCACCGACGCGCCGCACGCCUCGCCGGCGGCCGGCCGACCAGGUCCGCAUCCCGACCGCCCGGAUCCCGACCAUCCCGGCGCCGCGGGGGCUGGCGCGCGGGCAGAGGGGGAGCGCGCCGCGCGCGUGGAGGAGCUCCGGCGUUUUCAGGCGGAGGCGGCCGCGCUGGAGGCCGGCAGGCUCGCGAAAAAGAGAGAGGCGGUCCACGCCGCGGCGCAGCCGUUCCGACCCCCGUACGAGACGCAGCCGGAGGGUGGCGUGCGCAGCACCGCGUGGCAAUGUUGA